CUACCAUCUUGUGCUGGCGCAGCUUGGAUGAGGCGUAUGACCGCAGCCGCCUUGACCGCCAGCAGAUGUGAGGUGGCCUUUCCCAUGAGUGGCUACACAGCCGCAGCUGCGCGAUGGUUGACAUCGCCGGCAGGAUGCAUGAGGACAGAUGCACCCGCCUCCCUCGCGGCGCUCGAGGAUGAGAUCAUGGCUUCGCUGUCUCCCAAGAGGCGGAAGGUGUUUGGCCACGUGAGGACGUUCUUCAAGGCCAAGGGAUACGGCUUCAUCGGUGAGUCAAACGAGAUGAGUGAGCAGAGAUGAUGACACACCAGCUGACUGACAGCGUGGCGUCGACUGUGCUGCUGUGUUCAGCGCCCGAGGGAGGCGGCCCUGACAUUUAUGUCCACCACACCGAUAUUGCAGCAACCGGUGGGGAUAAUGUCAAGUCAUGGCGUCCCAUUCAGUGCCUUACAUGUCUGUGUGCUGGUUUCUUCAGCUGCAUCGGUUGCGAGUGACCGUCGCAAGAGGCGGGCACGGCGCAAGCUCGAGUGGAAGGAGGGAGAGGACAAAGGUCAAUCAGUCAGUCAGUCAGUGAGUCAGCCACCAAAUGAACAGGUCAGUCACCUGAGGCUGCCGUGCCUGCGUAUGGAUGCUUUGUGCAGGUGUGUAUGUAUUGCGGGUUGGCGAGCGAGUGCAGUUCGAGACGGUGUGGGACGAUGCGGCCGCGAGGCCGAGAGCAUCACUUGUGGAAACACUCAUCGACCAUUAG